CGGCGGCCCGGGCUCGGCUGGUGGCGGGACGGCAGAAUUUCCACAUUGAUUAGUCAACAGUGGAAAAUCUGAAGAGAUGCGAGCAGGAAAAAGAAACUAAACCAGGCCUGAAGAGCAAUGCGACAGGCAUGAUGGAGGUCGAGUCCUACUCAGACGUCAUCUCCUGUGACCGGACGCACCGCCGGAACGCAGUCCCCGACAUACAGGGAGACUCCGAGGCCGUGAGCGUGCGGAAGCUGGCUGGCGACAUGGGCGGGCUGGCCCUCGAGGGCGCAGAAGGACAGGCGGAGGUGCGCACCUCAGACAAGGAAGCCAGCAGCCAGCCCGAGAGCAGCGAUGGCACCACCUCAUCCUGAACGUGACCUUGCCCGAGGAGGCUGGGAGGGAG